AUGAGAGUAUGGCGUCGAACGUGACACCGAACACGCCGAUGUCGGACAUCUACCCACCGUCGCAAGACCCAUCAAGCCCUGCGGCUGUGCAAGUCUUCGUUUUCACAGACGUGGUUCUCCUUGUCGUACCCACGCAUGAUGGCCAGAGCGGUGCGACACACUGGCAACUACUUGAUGACGUGGGACUGGCACGUAUUCUGGACGUAAGGAUAGACAAGAACGACCGAUCACCUGGUCGAACCCUUGUUCUCGACCUGAUACCUCUGGACGUUCAAGAUCUGUCACUAUCGCUCCAUUCACGCGCAGGCAACGUCGUAGAGUUGUCACUCCAGUUGUCUCAACAAGAGGAUAACCAUGAGCAAGAUUGGCUUGUUGCGCUGCAGAGAAGUCGCGCUAACACGCUUCAUUCUCUGUCCUUCCCUCCCCCGUCUCCGGAAGACGUUCUACAAGGACCCGUCGGUGAUUACGAACAAGAUACAUACCAUUGCGUCAAGUCUAUCCUUGCUUCUGGCUUGCCUAUGCCGAAGAGUCCAUCAAUGCAGCUCGACGCCGCCAGUGAAACUCAAGUAGACCAGGAUGCAAACACAACCGAAGAAGAACGAGAGGAGCGAGGGUGGUGGUCUUUACGGUUUCACCAAGUUCUACGCGAGUUUCAGCGACAAGACGCGAACGCCGUACCUAGCACCAUUACGUAGAUAACAUUACAUUGCGCCCCGCCCCGUUCUGCGAACUGAUCAAGAAACUCCUGCAUUGUAAACAAGCUGUCUUCGCAGCGUCAUCGAUAGUCGCCCCAUAGUUGUAUCGCUAGCUUUCCAUUGUAUCCCUUCCGUAUCUCAUUGCGACAUAUAUCCCUCGUCUUUAACAGAGGACUCUGACCACUCCAAGGAGGGGGACCACGAGACCGGCUGGUCUAAACGCCAGCAACAUCCGCAUGCCCGCUACAGACAUACAAUACACUAACUGUCACCUCCGUAAUGAGACC